GAUAUCCGAAGCGUCAAAAGACAUACGUAAUCGUGGGCGCUCAUAUAUGCAUGCUGAAUACCUUAUCAAAAUCUACUGUCUUCAUGACUUCUGUCACGACUUUUGACGCGAGCGAAGCAGAAAACAAGAUUCCAGUACAUUUCUCAAUUCUUAGUGGAUGCAUGCGAUGGACGAUCCUUCUUGCCGAGAUUUACAAAAUCACAGCAAAAAACCUUUGCAGUACUAUCCAGACGAAUAUGAAUGUUCUGCAUAUACUACAGCCCAGAGGCAUUUAUCUAAUGAGAAACCGAACUAUGUGUACUGUCAAGACAGCUUUCGAAGAUUAAUAAAUACCUCAAAUCAUUACACGGAUAGAAAAAGCCCCAUUUAUGUCCACAAAUAUGAAAAAAUGCCGAACACUAUUCAAGAAACCUCGCAUCAGAGCAGGAAUCCCAGAACGAAUCCUAAAGUGAUGCUGGACAAACUGGAGGAGAACUAUUGGGCCACGUGGAAGCCUAAAAAUACCUUUAAGACGAGUAAAAAUGUGGCUCAUGGAGAUACCCAUGAGACUUUAUUCAAAUAUUUAAAUAGAUGUGAUUAUGACACGUCAUCCAGCGUACUACAGGAAACAUGCUACCAUCAUCAUCACCACCAGAAAAGCGCAGAUUCAUACCAUGGAAGAGAUCUCAAGAUGUGCAAAAACAACAGACAGAUGCAUGCUGAGAAAACUUACCAUGAGGUUAACGCUAAUGAAGAUCCAGAGAGAGACGAAGAGGAGAAUAAAAAAAAUGUCGGUUCUGAUGGCUCCAAAGAUGCUCACCAUAUAUCUAAAAAUGAUCAGGAGAUCCAAACAGAAUAUAUUUUUCCAUCUGAAAAGGAGAUUAUAGCAAGUGAUGAUAAAAGCACCUCUGAAACGAGAACCGACAAAGAACCACCCAAGCAAAAGGAGAAACAUACAAAAAAGAAGAAAUCCUCAAGAAAAGAAAGAAAACACCGGAAGAAAGAAGAGCCCGAAAUAAAAGAAAUAUACGUAGACUCCACGAAGAAAUGUGUUGAUAGUACAGAAGAUAGUUCUGCGAAUUUAACGCCAGAGAAAGUUGACGUGAGAGGCGUGGAAGAUGAUACAGAUGAAAAUAGGCUUUUGAGACAUAAAGAUUCUUUUAUUAUUCACAGGAAGAAACAGAAAGAAGUUAAAGACUUCCUUCAACAGCCUAAAUGUAUCCGACUGUACAGGAAAUCAAAUCCUAGCAUUAUGUCAAGAGGAGGUUCGUACCCUUUGAGGUCCUGUUUGAAGAAAGAGACAGGUUUCUUCCCUGCGAAGGGCAAUUUCAGGCUCGGAGCGCCUGGCAAACCGCUCUUCGUCACCAACAGUUCAUAUUGCAGAUAUAUAUGAAUAUGAGAAUAGAUAUCGCAUGAGAUUGGGGAAAUACAAUCAUCUGGAAAUUCUUCUUUUUUUCAAAAAUAAUAUACCGCAUUCAUUUUUCAGGUGCUAUAGACGUAAAAAUAUCAGGCGUGAUGGGCUGAGUCAGACUGGCCAGAGCCGUAUUCAGUCUUAUAAAUGCAGGUUUUGAGAAUAUCUUGUAUUUCGACAAAAUUAUAUAUACAGGCUGCCCGGAAAUCGAAUGAUAAUCAGGAUCUACUGCUUGGCAAUACAUAUUUUGUUUAGUCAAAAUUAUCAUGAUUUUAUAUGUCUCGGAUCUUGAUCACGUUGUAGAACACUACAACAUUCAGUUUUUUGCUGGUGACACACGG